AUGGAGGCUUACAGCUCGUCAAGCAACGGAGUGGAACAAGCAGGUCCUGAGGACAACGACAGUAUCGUUGAUGGCUUGAAAGACGUAACGAUCCAGGAAGGAACAGCUUAUAAUUGGAUUUUAGCGUCAGGUAAAAGGAAGGACUAUUUAUCAUGGGAGAACUAUUUUAUGGCCGUUGCAAAGCUCGCAGCAAUGAGAAGUAAAGACCCCAACACACAGGUCGGCUGCGCUAUCGUUAAUCGUGAAAACAAGAUUAUAGGAACCGGAUAUAAUGGUUUCCCAGUAGGUAUAAGUGAUGACGACUUGCCGUGGGGAAAGAGCAGCAGCAAUCCUCAGGAGAACAAGUUUGCUUAUGUAGUACAUGCUGAAGUGAAUGCCAUUAUAAACAAAAGUAUGAAUAACAUCGAGGGAUGCACCAUGUACACAACGAUGAUGCCAUGCAAUGAGUGCGCUAAAAUGAUUAUACAGGUGUGUUUCCUUGAAUAUCGAGUUGAUAUACGUAUGUUUUGA